UGGGUGGGAGAGAAACAGCCAAAACUCUUCAUCACCCACGCAGGAAUGUGGGAUCUACUGCCCACCAUCAGCCGCCCUGGUUCCCCCGUGCCCUGGGGACUGUGGGUGCUCUGAGCUGGACACAGAAGUGGGUGAGGUGGGGUGAGCCUGGGCCUGCUGCCUCGGGCAGGCUGAGGUCCAAGGGCUGAUGUUUGAGCCUGGACCCUGCGCUCGGGGCGGGGAAGGAUGCCAAUGCUGCCGGUUCAUUUAUUUUUUAGGUAAUUGAGACUGACCAGGAGCCUGUGGUGAAUUAGCAGGGCUGUGAGCCUGUGCAGGGCAAGUGCACUGCAAGCGCUUGGACAAUUGCAGGCUUGAAUUAUUGAUGGAGUCUCUGUGUUUCCUGAGUGCAUCGUGAUUGGCAGCUGGAACCAGGAGAAUUUGUUGCUUCCUCUCUCUCUUGAGGACGGGGUCUAGUGUUGAGAGCUUUUGGAGGGCGGGCAGCCAGCUGGCUCUUCUCAGCCCCUCAGACUGAGAGGGAAAGGCCAAUUACAGGAGUGGUGUUGCCAUUUUUUGUGUUGGUAUUGGGGACUGUGUUGGAGCAGGAGCAAGUUCCUUGGGCAGUGCAUCCCUCCUUGUCAGCCUGGCAGCCCCCACAGGGGCUCAGCCAGCCUGGGCGAGGGGCUGGGUCCAUCCUGGCUCUGAUGGAGCUUGUGCCUCACAGCAUGGGAGGCUGCCAGGGGUGUCCAGCUGCAGUGACAAACCUUGCCACGUGCCAAACAGGUGCCUGGGGGACAAAAAACAAGCAGUAAAGCAGAGGGGAGGGCUGAUGCAGCUCUGUCCCCCCUCCCUGGUGGCAGUGGGAUGAUGGGAGUGAGCACCUGGUGUGUCCCUUAGCAGGGAGCCAGGGCAGGCCUGAUGUGGCAGAGGUGAUUCUGGCUUUGUAGGUGCUUGGGUUGAACUUUGCCCAGAGUAUUCUGUGCUGAGGCCGUGACCUAAGCCCCAGGGGAUCCCAGGAGCGUUGGGUGACAGCUCUCUGGGGACUUGGGGCAUGGAGCAGGGCUGGAGCAGGUUGUUGGAAGGACCCAAGCAGAGGGCUGUGUGCUGGAGAUCCAUUACCCACACACUGCAGUGGUGCUGCCUGUCAAGCCUCCUGCCGGAGUCCUAUCUGUCGGAUCUUGUCCAUUUUCCCUGGCUUGUGGAGUGCAGUUCCCCAUCUGCUGGCUCAGUCUGGGCCCUGGGGUUAAUCUUUCUGUGGCUGACUCCAGGGAAGCACUCCUGGUGGGGAGCCUUCAAGGCCUGGACUCCAUCCUCUGGCAGAGGAGGGUGCAGGUGAACUCUAGGUGGGUAUGUCUGUGGUUUGGCCCUGGAAACUUAUUUUUCCAGGCAAAACAUUUGUUCUGUGGGGAGGCAGUUCCCCUGGAGAAGCCAGGGCAAGGGGUUUUAGAAGAAUAUCCCAUGCCAAAGCUGCCCCCAGUGGAAGAGCUCUGGAGGGCUCAGGGUUUAGGGUGCCUGUCCCUGUAUUAUCAAGCUUUUAAUCCAGCCAGGAAGAUCAGGGUGGGUCCCUCUGAGGAGGGAAGCUUCGUGCCCACAGGUGGGCUGGCAGCUGUCUCCUGGCCAACAAGCAGGCUCUGCUUCCAAGGCUCCACAGGGGUGAUAUCUCUCCAGUAGACCUGCUCUGGCUUUGGGACGUCUGGGCACAGCACAGUGUGGGGUUGAUGCCAGGAAGUUGGGAGAUAAGGCCAAGGGGAUUUGGAUGUGAAGCUUUCUGGGUCGCUGCACUGGUCCCUGGGGUCCCCUUGUUGCAGAGGGGAGGACAGAGGGGAGUUCUGCCCCUGGGGCAGGAGCUGCUCAGGGUGUGCUUUGUCUUUAGGCUUUUUGGUUUGCCCUAAACUGAGCCAGCCGAAAUAUUUUUGGCUUGCUGGGGUUUUUAAGUAACGGGUGUGUCAGCAAGUGCCUCUCUCAUGAUGAAAAGGCUUUCAUGAGCCGUCCUCAGAGCUGGUCAGGGUCUGGCUCUGGAAGAAUGCUCUGUAGUUGGAUCUUCAGAGACUGGGGAGGGAGGAGGGGGAACGGGCGCAAAGCGAUCCCUGGAAUUUCACCCUUGCGGGUUCCGGCGUACUUGGCUUUGCACUGUCACGAGCAGCUCGCUGGCUGCCUGGCUGAGGCUCUCCCCUUCCUGCCCUCCCUGUCCUGCUGCAGAGAUGGCCAGCCAGUGCCCCAAACUGGCAUCGGGACGUGGCGAGGGGCUGUACUGUGCCCAGGGAGCCCCUGUCCCUGGAUGCUGGCCUGUGAGCCACUGGCAGGGAGGUGGGGUAGAACCCUCACAGCUGGGCGGGUGUAGGGCUGAGUUUGGGGUUUGUGUGCCAGCCGGGACGGCGCUGGCUGUGUCUGCGGGGACAGCGCUCGCUGACCUCUCUGGGCCUGGCACUGCCUCUCUGUAAUUAUGUCUUUAAUCCCAGAUCGAUGAAGGCAGUGGCUGGAAUGAGGGAGGUGGCAUGCCCUGGUGGCAGAGGAAAGCUGGGAGAGACCCUGUUCCGCUGGCACCUCUUGCCCGUCGUGGAGCUGUGCCCAGUGCUCAGGGCAGGAGUGACAACCGUGUAGGCAGGGCAGCCCCAGACACUCAAGAGUUGUUGCCCCUCUGCUUAACACAACCUGAUCCUGCUGGGAGACCCUCGGGUGGCCCCUCCUGAGCAUCUGCUGGUCCAUGUCAGCCGUGGGCUCACCUGGCCUGGGAGCACAGCCAGCCCUGCUUCGGCUGCCCCCAUGGGACGGAGACCUGCCCCCAAAAGCCCCUCAGCUCUCUUCCCUCCUGCUUCCUCACUGUGGUGGCUGGGCUGUUUCUCCCAUGACUCUCUGCGUCUAGAUCUGGCUGUCCCGUGCCUUUGCCAAUCAAACCUGAACUUCCUCCUCUGACAGUGAAGAGAGGGGCUCCUGCCCCUUCUGGGUCACUUUUCCUCCCCUCACCUUGACUCCAAGCCGCCUCCGCUCGUGCGUCCCCGCGCCCCCCGCCCUGCCUGCCCCGGGCACCCGUCACCCAUGGACGACUCGGAAGUGGAGUCGACCGCCAGCAUCCUUGCCUCUGUCAAGGAGCAGGAGGCACAGUUCGAGAAGCUGACCCGGGCCCUGGAGGAGGAACGGCGCCAUGUCUCAGCCCAGCUGGAGCGAGUCCGGGUCUCCCCACAGGACGCUGGCCCGGGCUUGGCCAACGGCACGCUCACCCGGCGGCACCAGAACGGACGUUUCUUGGGCGAUGCUGACCUGGAAAGGCAGAAGUAUUCAGAUCUGAAGCUGAACGGGCCACAGGACCACAGCCACCUCUUGUACAGCACAAUCCCCAGGAUGCAGGACCCGGGCCAGAUUGUGGAGGAGACGUACACCAUGGAGGAAGACCCGGAAGGGGCCAUGUCAGUCGUGUCUGUGGAGACGUCAGAUGAUGGGACAACCCGGCGUACGGAGACCACGGUGAAGAAAGUGGUGAAGACCGUGACCACCCGGACAGUGCAGCAGGUGCCCGUGGGGCCCGAUGGGCUCCCUUUGGAAACCUCCCCCGUCACCAGCAACUACGUCCAGACCAUGGACAGGAACUUCCGCAAGAACGGCAACGGGGGCCCCGGCAGCUACCUGAGCCAGGCGGGCACGGCCACCCUCCCUCGCAACUACCACUACCCCGACGGCUACGGCCGCCCCUACGAGGAUGGCUACCCGGGCAGCGACCACAGCUACGGCAGCCUGUCCCGCGUCACCCGCAUUGACGAGCGCUACCGUCCCUCCAUGGACACCUACCGCGCCCCCAGCCGCCAGGACAUCUACGGCCCCCAGCCCCAGGUGCGCGUCGGGGGCAGCAACAUGGACCUCAACCAUUUCCACCCCGAGCCGUACGGCCUGGAGGACGACCAGCGCAGCGUGGGCUUUGAGGAUGUGGACUACGGGCUCAUGUCCGACUACGGCACGGCCAGGAGGGCGGGCACCCCCUCGGAUGCUCGGCGGCGGCUCAGGAGCUAUGAAGACAUGCUGGUGGACGACGUGGCCCCGGACCGGUACUACUGGGCCCCACUGGCCCAGCACGAGCGGGGCAGCCUGGCCAGCCUGGACAGCCUGCGGAAGGGAGCUCCAGCCCCGGGGAACUGGCGCCAGCCGGAGCUGCCGGAGGUGAUCGCCAUGCUGAGCUUCCGGCUGGACGCCGUCAAGUCCAACGCGGCCGCCUACCUGCAGCACCUGUGCUACCGCAACGACAAGGUGAAGACGGAGGUGCGCCGGCUCAAGGGCAUCCCCGUGCUGGUGGGGCUGCUGGACCACCCCAAGAAGGAGGUGCACUACGGCGCCUGCGGGGCCCUCAAGAACAUCUCCUUCGGCAAGGACCAGGACAACAAGAUCGCCAUCAAGAACUGCGACGGCGUGCCCGCGCUGGUGCGCCUGCUGCGGAAGGCCCACGACAUGGACCUCACGGAGGUCAUCACAGGGACGCUGUGGAACCUGUCCUCGCACGACUCCAUCAAGAUGGCCAUCGUGGAUCACGCGCUGCACGCUCUGACCGACGAGGUGGUCAUUCCCCGCUCCGGCUGGGAGCGGGAGCCCAACGAGGACUCCAAACCCCGCCACAUCGAGUGGGAGUCGGUGCUCACCAACACUGCUGGCUGCCUUAGGAACGUGAGCUCGGAGCGGAGCGAGGCCCGUCGGAAGCUGCGGGAAUGUGACGGGCUGGUGGACGCCCUGAUCUACAUCGUGCAGUCCGAGAUCGGCCAGAAGGACUCGGACAGCAAGCUGGUGGAGAACUGCGUGUGCCUGCUGAGAAACUUGUCCUACCAAGUGCACCGGGAGAUCCCCCACGCUGAGCGCUACCAGGAGACUCCCCUGGUCCCUGCCAACAACGCCGGGCCCCACGCCGCCAGCUGCUUCGGUGCCAAGAAGGGCAAAGACGAGUGGUUCUCCAGAGGUAAAAAGCUCCCAGAAGACCCUGGUGCCGACACAGUGGAUUUUCCCAAAAGAACAACUCCAGCCAAAGGCUAUGAGCUCCUCUUCCAGCCAGAAGUGGUGCGGAUAUACAUCUCCCUGCUGAAGGAGAGCAAGACUCCGGCCAUCCUGGAGGCUUCAGCAGGAGCCAUCCAGAACCUGUGUGCUGGCAGCUGGACGUACGGCCGGUACAUCCGCUCGGCGCUGCGCCAGGAGAAGGGGCUCUCUGCCAUCGCCGACCUGCUGAGCCACGACAGCGAGCGCGUGGUGAAGGCGGCGUCCGGCGCCCUGCGCAACCUGGCCGUGGACCUGCGGAACAAGGAGCUGAUCGGCAAGCAUGCCAUCCCCAACCUAGUGAAGAACCUGCCUGGAGGCCAGCAGACCCCUGCCAAAAACCUCUCUGAGGACACAGUGGUGUCCAUCCUCAACACCAUCAACGAGGUGAUUGUGGACAACCUCGAGGCCGCCAAGAAGCUGCGGGAAACGCAGGGGAUUGAGAAGCUGGUGCUGAUCAACAAAUCUGGGAACCGCUCAGAGAGAGAAGUCCGAGCAGCCGCCCUCGUCUUGCAGACAGUCUGGGGCUACAAGGAGCUGCGGAAGCCCCUCGAGAAGGAAGGCUGGAAGAAGUCAGAUUUCCAGGUGAACCUGAGCAACGCCUCUCGGACCCAGGGAGGCAACUCAUUUGAUGACAGCACCUUGCCUCUCAUCGACAGGAACCAAAAAACAGAUAAGAAAUCCUCCCGGGAGGAGAUCCAGAUGAGCAACAUGGGACCAGACAACUAUUCCACACUCAACGAGAGGGACCACAGCAGGACACUGGAGCGAUCCGGUGACCUGGGAGAGAUGGAGCCGGUGAAGGCAACGCCGCUGAUGCAGGAGGAGGAGGGGCAGGAGCCCCAGCCUGAGGUAGAGGAGGCGGAGGAAGAAGCUGCUGUGCUUUCCCCCGUGUCGGUAUGUCCCGCGGUGUCCUGCCCAAUCUGACAGUGGUGACAGAUCCUGCUGUGCUGUUAGGGGUGCUUGGCCAGCCAAAUCCUGCUCCGAUCGAUCGCUGCUGUUGUGGUGCCGCCUCCGCCGCCUGCUCCUGCCCCAGCCCUGCUAACGCCUCUCCCUCUCU